UGGGUCAAAUGGAAAAAGACUGAGCCCAUGAAAUUACCAAAAUUGGCAAUAAGCCAAAACCUAAUUACGUUGAGCUUCUUCUCUGUGUAGAAUACGACGGCGACGACGAUGAUGAUCUCUCGUCGAUUGGUUUCUAAAUUCCUCAAGCCCUUGUCUUCUCCGUCUCUCCACGUCACUCGCCGUCAUCUCCAAUCCUCGUCUCCCAUCAGAAACCAUCUGAUCCACGGAUCGGUAGCUCAGGAGCUAGGUCUCUUAAGAUCCUUUUCUGCUUUCAACAUCGACAAGCUUCGAUCUGAAACAUGGUCACCGAGGUAUUUCUCGACGCCAAGCGGGGAUGUCGAGCCGAAGAAGCCAGAGGAGUCGAAGCCAGAUGACGAGCAGCCAAAAAUGAAGCACCAAGAGAUCGAAGGGCCAACGGUGGAACGCGAUUUGUCGGCGUUGGGAAAUGAGACGAGGCAAGUGUUGGAAGGGAUGAUGAAGAACAUGUACAGUCUAAGUGGAGCUAUGGGUGCUCUGGGUUUAACUCAGCUGAUCGUGGGAGCUACGAUUUUGUAUGCGACUAGAUCAGAUCCGAUGAAGGAAAUGACAAUUCAGAGCUGUAUAGCGUUUGGAUUCCCGUUUGCUAUGGCGUUGAUGGUGAGACGAUCACUGAAGCCAAUGUACUUCUUCAAGAAGAUGGAAGAGCUAGGGAGGUUGCAGAUUCUUACUUUGUCACUUCAGGUUGCUAAGAAUCUCAAUUUGUUGUUCGUUAGAGCUCGUCUUGUUUCAAUCUUGUGCGUUGUUGGCUUGUGUGUUGGGAACCUGUUCCUCUUGUUAUCACCAUAAAGAGAGCUAUGAAAAUACAAUUUUUAUU